AUGGACGGGAAAGAGGACAGCGAGUGCGACUUCCAGGCGGCGUUCGCCGAAGCCCGGCGAUGGCUGGAGGCAGUUACUGGGCAGAGCUUUGGAACCAAAGAUUUUCGAGCAGCUCUAGAAAAUGGAGUCCUGUUGUGCGAUUUGAUUAACAAGAUCAAACCUGGCAUCAUUAAGAAGAUCAAUUGUCUGCCAACUCCAAUAGCUGGCUUGGAUAAUAUAAAUGUUUUUCUGAAAGCGUGCGAAAACAUUGGACUGAAAGAAGCUCAGCUUUUUCACCCAGGAGAUCUUCAGGAUUUGUCCAAUCGAGUUACAGUCAAGGACUUGGCACCCUUCCAGUACGCUGGUAUUCUCUCUGCUGGUUCCUACGUCAUGCCAAAAGCUGGAGGGUUGGUUUUGAUUACAUUGUACUGGCUUGGGAGAAAAGCUCAAAGUGACCCUGAUUAUAAUGGUCCAUACCUCAAUCUUAAAGCAUUUGAGAAGUUAUUAGGGCAAGCAUUGACCAAGGCACUUGAAGAGUCCAGCCAGCCGUGCAGAAGUGGGAGAGAUAGUGGGUACGGUGACAUUUGGUACGUUGACCGGGGAGAGCCCUUUUCAUCUUCAGCCACUCAUAAAAGAGACGAUUCCUUUGAUAGCUUGGACUCUCUUGGUUCAAGAUCCUGCACAAGCUUUUCAUCAGAUAUAACCUUGAAAGGUGGCAGUGAAGGGUGGCUGUGUCAAACCACUACAUCUUUACUUCACUUGUGA